AUGGCAAUCCAAAAGAAGCACGCAAAGGCGCGUCUGGACAAAUACUACUACCUGGCCAAGGAGAAGGGCUAUCGCGCUCGUGCGGCAUUCAAGCUCAUCCAACUGAACAAGCGAUUUUCCUUCCUCCAGAACGCAAAAUGCCUGAUCGACUUGUGUGCCGCGCCCGGAUCAUGGCUUCAGGUCGCCGCCGAGGUGAUGCCUCAGAAGUCGGUGAUUGUGGGAGUCGACUUAUCGCCGAUCAAACCCAUCCCGAAGACGAUCACCUUCCAAGGCGAUAUCACGACAGACAAGUGUCGAGCGACCAUAAGAGGGCAUUUGAAGACAUGGACAGCGGACUGUGUGAUACACGAUGGUGCGCCAAAUGUGGGAACAGCAUGGGUACAGGACGCCUUCUCGCAGAACGAGCUGGUGCUGUCGUCUCUGAAGCUAGCAACCGAGUUCCUUACGCCUGGCGGAUGCUUCGUCACCAAGGUCUUUCGAAGCAAGGACAGUGCGAAGUUGGAGUGGAUAUUCAAGCAACUAUUCUCCAACGUGGAUCAAACGAAGCCACCGUCAAGUAGAAAUGUUUCCGCAGAGACUUUCUACGUGUGCAGAGGCUACAAAGCACCCAAGCAUCUUGAUCCACGAUUUCUGGACCCACAAUAUGCUUUCUCGGAGCCAGAAGAGAAGAAGGGCAGUGAUGAGGCAAAGGUGUUCAAUCCGGAGAAGAAGAAGAGGAAGCGAGAAGGUUAUGAAGAAGGUGACUGGACACAGUUUCACGAAGCUCCUGCGAGCGAGUUUAUCCAAACUCAGGAUCCGAUCGCUAUGCUUGGAAGUUUGAACAGACUGCACUUCAGGCAAGACGCGAACGACAUUGCACUUGCUGCGUUGGACAAACUACCAGAGACAACGGAGGAGGUGCGACAAUGUUGCGAAGAUAUGAAGGUCCUGGGAAGGAAAGAGUUCAAGAUUCUACUCCGAUGGAGGUUGAAAGCGAGAGACGUGUUUGGAUUUCGACAAAAAAAGGAGGGCACACACAAAAAGGCCGAGGCGAAACCCGCGGAGCCAGAGGGAGGCGAGGCUGGCGAGGAGGUUGCCAUGGUCGAGUCGAUGGACGACGAGAUGCGGCUACAGCAAGAAAUUCAGGCGCUCAAGGAUAUGCAAAGUAAAGAGAAGCGCAAGGAGAGGAGGCGAAACAAUGAGAAGAAGCAGAAAGACAUUGUACGAAUGCAGAUGGGCAUGACCACACCCUCAGAAAUCGGAAUUGACGCUGGCGCGAAUGACGACGUCUUCCAGCUCAAAAAGGUCGACAAGGACAGCAACGUUCGCCGUGCCAUCGUCCGAGGUCGGAUGCAUACACAAGUUGAGCCGGAGAAGCCCAGAGAAGAGAGCAGCGAGGAGGAUGAAGAUGAGGAUGGGGACGCACUAGAGCGAGAGCUUGAUGGCAUGUACGAGCUAUAUCAGCAGGGGCGAGAAAACCGCGAUGCCAAGGCUAGGGCCAAACGGGUCCGAAAGGAGGCGAAGGGCGAUGAGGAAGAAGAAUUCGAGGAUUUCGACACGCGUGAGAAGGGAGCCGACACUGACGCGAGCAGUGAUGAUGGGCUGGUCGAAGACGAAGACGACUCCGAAAGCGAUGAGGACGAUGGAGAUGGCUUGACAACAGAUCUUGCACCCAAGGAUGAUAAGCAAGGCGGUUUGUCAAGGCGCGCGGCUGCUUUCUUCCAACAGGACCUAUUCGACGGGAUUGAAGGCCUUGACGAAGACGUGGAAGCCGACGCCGAGAAAGAGAGAGAUAGUGGAAUCGACGUGGACUCGCCUGAGCUCAAGUCGGCAGAACUGGCAGAAGAUGACGAGCAGUCCGAUGGAGAGGGAUCUGGGCCUGAAGAAGUUGAGAGAGCCGAAUCCGACGAAGACUGGGAGGAAGGUGCAAAGAAAGAGAAAGCAAAUGGCGAAGGCCGUCCGAACAUUGACAUUAUCACCGCUGAAGCCAUGACUCUGGCGCACGCCCUCGCAACUGGCAAGAUGACCAAACAACAGCUCGCAGAUGACAACUUCAACAAGUACUCUCUCCGCGAUACUGAUGGCCUCCCCGAGUGGUUCCUCGACGAUGAGGGCAAGCAUUCCCGGACCCAACGUCCAAUCUCAAAAGAAGCUGCGGCCGCUAUCAAAGAAAAGCUCCGUGCCGUCAAUGCAAGACCAAUCAAGAAAGUUCGAGAGGCAAAGGCCCGCAAGACUCUUCGCGCCGCCAGGCGGUUGGAGAAAUUGAAGAGGAAAUCCGAGGGACUUGCCGAAGAUGGAGAUGCAAGCGAGAGGGACAAGGCGAACCAGAUCUCCAGACUCAUGGCGAAGGCCUCCAAGGCGGGCAAGAAGAAGAAGCAGCCCGUCAAGGUCAUCAAGGCGGGCGGGCAGAACAAGGGCUCGGGCAGACCAAGAGGCGUAAAGGGCAAGUACAAGAUGGUCGAUGCUCGAUUGAAGAAGGAUGUGCGAGGUCUGAAACGGGCAGAGAAGCGGAAUGGAAAGAAAAGGUAG